UUCUUUCAGGUAUCUUACAACAAUGAGGGUCUCUUACAACAAACCAUAUCAAGUUCGUACAUUCACAUGGUGUUUUGCAUUUCCACCUCGCUGCUCAAGAUACAGAAUUGCCUACAGUGUUGGUUAUAAAAUUGAGGCAAAAGCAAAUACAAGGACUGUAAAUAUUUGUUGUAAAGGAUAUAUUGAAAAUGCAGAUAAGCAGAAAUGCAUUCCAUUUUGUAGUAAUGACUGUCUACAUGGUGUCUGUGUUGGUCCUGAAGAAUGUAAAUGUCAACCUGGAUGGGGUGGUCCAACGUGUAAUGUGUCUUGUCCAGAAGGAAUGUGGGGUUCAAAGUGUGAAAAAAAAUGUCCAUGUCAAAAUGGAGCCUUUUGUGAUCCAGUAACUGGUUCUUGCAGUUGCAAACCAGGUUGGAAAGGAUGGAAUUGUGCAGAAACUUGUGACAAUGGAAAGUAUGGUUAUAAUUGUGAACAGGAUUGUAGAUGUGAAAAUGGUGCUGAAUGUAAUCAUAUAUCUGGAGAAUGUAAAUGUGCUCCUGGUUAUCGAGGACCACUAUGUACAGAAAAGUGUCCCGAAGGAACUCAUGGUUCUCAUUGUGCAAAUAAAUGUAAUUGUCAAAAUAAUGGAACAUGUGAUCAUGUCACUGGGAAAUGCCAAUGUCCUGCUGGAUGGACAGGAGCAGUUUGUGCUAAUCCAUGCCAUUCUAGUUAUUAUGGCAAAAAUUGUAGUGAACGAUGUGUAUGCUACAAUGGAGCUUCCUGUCAUCAUAUAACUGGUGUCUGUAAUUGUACGUCAGGUUACAGAGGAAAAUUUUGUCAGGAAGGCUGUCCAGUUGGAACUUGGGGAUUAAAUUGUUCAGAAGCUUGUAAUUGUGAAAAUGGUGCAAAUUGUUAUCCAACUGAUGGACUUUGUGAAUGUUCUCCUGGUUUUGAAGGUACUCGCUGUGAAAGAAGAGGUUGUCCAGAUGAUCUUUAUGGAAAAAAUUGUCAGCAAAUAUGUCAGUGUCACAAGAAUAAUACAGAAAAAUGUCACCCUUGGACUGGCAAAUGCAAAUGUAAACCAGGUUGGACAGGAGACACUUGCACUCGAAGUUGUUCAGCCUUAACAUAUGGUGAAGGAUGUUCAAAGAGUUGUGACUGUGAGAAUGGAGCCCUCUGUGAUCCAAUAAAUGGAAAGUGUAUCUGUGAUGCAGGCUUUAUGGGAAAUAGAUGUGAAAAAGUGUGCCCUGAAGGAAAAUAUGGACUUAAUUGCACUUUUAAUUGUUCUUGUGAAAAUGGAAAAUGUUCUCAUUCCUCUGGUCAUUGUGCUUGUGAUUCUGGUUGGUCAGGAAUCAAUUGUGAUCUACCAUGUCCUCAAGGUAAAUAUGGUCCUGAAUGCAAACAUUCCUGUGACUGUAAAAAUGGUGGGGCAUGUGACCCUGUCACAGGUGAUUGCAUGUGCCAAUCUGGUUUUGUUGGAACAUUGUGUAAAGAGAAAUGUGAGCAACCUUAUUUUGGUUUAAACUGCAGUCAAAAAUGUGAUUGUGAUUGGGAUAAAGCACUUGAUUGUGAUCAUGUAACCGGGAUGUGUAUAUGUGCCCAUGGAUGGAAAGGUGUAAAAUGUAACAGUUUAUGUGAAAGAGGAUUUUGGGGACCAAGUUGCCAAAAUACAUGUGAUUGUAAAAAUAAUUCCUCUUGUGAUUCUAAAACAGGAAAAUGCAUCUGUGAAAGAGGUUGGACUGGAAGUAACUGCAAUGAAACUUGUCCCCAUGGAACAUAUGGAUAUAAUUGUUCUGAAACUUGUCCAGAAUGUACAAAUAAUUAUGGAACUUGUCACCAUAUUACUGGUCAUUGUUACUGUCAGCCAGGUUAUACUGGUCUUACUUGUAAUGAAAUUUGUCCACAAAAUUAUUGGGGAAAAGACUGUUCACAAUUGUGUAAUUGUAAAAAUGGUGCCGAAUGUAAUCCCACAACAGGAGAAUGUGUGUGCCUGCCAGGAUGGAUGGGAAAAGAUUGCACAAUUCCAUGCUUAAAUGGUACUUUUGGUUUGCAAUGCAAACAACAAUGUAAUUGUCAAAAUGGAGGCAUGUGCAGACCAAGUGAUGGAAUGUGUCGAUGUCUUCCAGGUUGGAUGGGAAGUAGAUGCACGGAAGUAUGUCCAGAAGGUUUAUAUGGUGAUCAUUGUAUGCAGCAAUGUCAAUGUAAAGGAGAUAAUUAUGUAUGUAGUGCUUUUGAUGGUUGUGUCUGCAAAUAUGGUUAUGGUGGAGAAAACUGUGAACAUAAGUUGAUUGGAAGUCACAUUCAGGAAAGAGAUGAAAAUGACUCAACAUUUAGUGCAGGUGUUGUUGCAGGAAUUGUGUUUGCACUUAUUCUUUUAAUAGUAAUUAUUCUUUUGGCAUUAUAUUACCGAAGGAGAGUCAAUAGAUUGGAGAGAGAAUUAGCAUAUGUAACAUAUGCUGCUGAUCCUAUACAAUCUCCAGAUAGACGCCAUUUUGACAAUCCUGUAUAUGCUUAUCAAGGUGUUCCUAGAAAUACAGCGUCUGGUCCAUUGAAUAAUAUAUCAUCAUUUCCUCACAGUGUAAAGCAUAUUAAUAAUUUAUCAAAAAAUAAUUUAGCCAAAGCUAAACUAGUCUUAGAUGAUGAUGACGAUAGUUUAAGUGAUAAAGGUGCAUAUGGUGGAAGGACUGAUGAAAAAUAUAAAUUAGAACCAGACUACAAUCCAAACAUAUAUCAUAGUAUUGAAGAUCUUAAACCAAAUUUAGCAAAAAAAGAACCUUUUUACGAUGAAGUUAAAGAUAAAAAUAUGGAAGAUGCAUAUGAUCAUCUCCAGUACAACAGGCCAAUGACAGAAAUGAAGCCUCAAUAUCACAGAAUGGAUGGAACAAUCACAAAAUUGCCAAAAUCGAAACCAUGAAUGCUGUUGAGCAGCUGCGAGUUUGGGUAUACAUUGACUUAUUUUUCAAGUUUACAAAGAAAAAAAAAUUAAAUAAAGUCACUUUCUCUAUUGACCAUUCGAUAGAGGAAGAGUAAUUUCAGCAAUCAAUAUAAUGUUUUUACCAGAUGCAUUUUUUAUAUCAAUGUCAUUACGAUAUUUAAUUUUUAGUAUACAAUUUUUUUUCCUUCUGUCGCGUACAUGUGUGUUUUUGUGUAGUUUCCUUCUGUUUUUGUCCAAAUUUUAUUUAUCAAAUAAGGAUCUUAUAUGUAAUAUACAAUAUUAUUAUUUUUUAUAGCCUAUAAGUAGUCAUUUUAUAAUAAUUAUGUAAACAGACCAAUAAUCAUUCCCUUUUUAAUUAUAUUAAAUGCAAUGUAAAAAGUAUUUGGAUUGAUGCCUUGAAAACUAAUAAUAAUCAAAUUAUAAAGAAAAAAUACUUCAUAAACUUAUUGCCAAAUGUAUAAAAUUCCAGAAAUAAUUGUAUU